GCACCCUCGCGCGCCCCCGCCUGGCGGUGCAGACCAAACGGUCUGAGAGCUUGGCUGGCGCCUGAUAGCUGAGCGGGCGAGGCCGAGGAGCGGAGGCCUAGGAGCGGAGGCCAAAGCCGUGAGGAGCUGCAGGGUGAGGGGCGUGCGAGCGAGCGGCCGCGACCCGCCUUUGGCCAUUCUCAUCAGGAUGAAAAUGCUUCUGUUUGGUGUCUGGGCCCUGCUGGCCUUGAUCCUUUGCCCAGGGGUCGCGGAAGAGUCGUUUGAGGUUUCUGUUUGGCCAAAUCAGGCCCUGGUGGAGUUUGGACAGUCCCUAGUGGUCAACUGCAGCACUACUUGCCCAGACCCAGGACCCAGUGGAAUUGAGACCUUCUUAAAGAAAACUCAGGUGGGCAAAGGGCCUCAGUGGAAAGAGUUUCUUCUGGAGGAUGUAACAGAGAAUUCCAUCCUGCAGUGCUUCUUCUCUUGUGCAGGGAUUCAAAAGGACACAAGCCUUGGCAUCACUGUGUAUCAGCCACCAGAGCAAGUGAUCCUGGAGCUGCAGCCUGCCUGGGUGGCCGUGGAUGAAGCCUUCACAGUGAAGUGUCAUGUGCCCAGUGUAGCACCCUUGGAGAGCCUCACCCUUGCCCUUCUCCAGGGUAACCAAGAACUGCAUAGAAAGAACUUUAUGAGCUUGGCUGUGGCCUCCCAAAGAGCUGAGGUCAUCAUCAGUGUCAGAGCCCAAAGGGAGAAUGACAGGUGCAAUUUUUCCUGCCGUGCAGAAUUGGAUUUGAGUUUGCAAGGUGGGAGCCUCUUUCAAGGCAGCUCACCCAUCAAAAUACUCCGGAUCUUUGAAUUCUCUCAGACUACCCAUAUCUGGGUCUCUUCCCUUUUGGAGGUUGGGAUGGCGGAGACUAUGAGCUGCGAGGUGGCUAGGGUGUUUCCAGCCAAAGAAGUUAUAUUCCAUAUGUUCCUGGAAGACCAAGAGCUGAGCUCCUUCCUUUCCUGGGAGGGGGACACAGCAUGGGCCAAUGCUACCUUUCGGGCCAUGGAGGCUGGUGAUCAGGAACUGUCUUGCCUUGCAUCUCUGGGUCCAAUGGAACAGAAAACAAGAAAGCUAGUGCAUAGCUACAGCUUCCCUCCACCAAUCCUGGAGCUAAAAGAAUCAUACCCAUUGGCAGGGACCGACAUUAAUGUGACCUGCUCAGGGCAUGUAUUAACAUCACCCAGCCCUACUCUUCAGCUUCAGGGAGCCCCAGACCUCCCUGCCCCUGGGGAGCCUGCCUGGCUUCUACUUACUGCCAGGGAGGAAGAUGAUGGCCGAAAUUUCUCCUGCGAGGCCUCUUUGGAGGUGCAGGGUCAGUGGUUGAUGAAAACCACUGUGAUGCAGCUCCAUGUCCUAUACAAGCCACGGCUAGAGGAAUCCAGUUGCCCUGGCAAACAGACCUGGCUGGAAGGGAUGGAACACACGCUUGCCUGCGUCCCAAAGGGAAACCCAGCUCCAGCCUUGGUGUGUACCUGGAAUGGGGUGGUCUUUGACCUUGAAGUGCCACAGAAUGCAACCCAGAACCACACCAGAACCUACUGCUGCACAGCCACUAACCAGCUGGGCUCUGUCAGCAAAGACGUUGCUGUCAUUGUUCAAGGACUGGAUGAAGGAAUCAGCUCUGCCCUCUUUGUCGUUAUUACCUUUGCCCUUGGAGUGGGUGUCAUCACCAUAACACUGUAUUUGAGCUUUCGGCCCUGCAAAGUGGACAGGAGGAAAUUGCUCUAUAGGCAGAAAGAGGAGGACAAAAAGGAGGAAAGCCAGUUUGCUGUUGAGGAAGAGAAAAGUACAACUCAUAUAAUUGACAGCUAUUUGAUUGAAUGAGACUUCUGCUACUGUGGUUUCCCAGGGAGGGAAGAAGGGAUAGAGAAGAAAGGAAGUAACAGAAUGGCAGGCUGCAUUUCCCUUUGUGUUCUUCUGUCUGUAAAACAGUGUUUCAGGCCCCCAUGUCCCAUGUCCUGUUUGUCCAGUAUGUCCACAAGCUCACCUUUCUCUCUCUCUCUCUCUUUUUUUUUUUUCUUUUUUCGAGAUGGAGUCUCGCUCUUGUUACCUAGGCUGGAGUGCAAUGAUGCGAUCUUGGCUCACUGCAACUUCAGCCUCCCGAGUUCAGGUGAUUCUCCUGCCUUAGCCUCCCCAGGAGCUGGGAUUACAGAUGCACACCACCACACCUGUCUGAUUUUUGUAUUUUUAGGAGAGAUGGGGUUUCACCAUGUUGGCCAGGCUGGUCUCAAACUCCUGACCUCAAGUGAUCUGCCCACCUCGGCCUCCCAAAGUUCUGGGAUUGCAGGUGUGAGCCACUGUGCCCAGCCACCUUUCUCUUUUGAGCUCACUCUAGUCAUUAGGAAUCUCAGUCUCAAUGUUUGAUUUGUAAGAAGGCCUCUUGUGCCUUGCCAGUUGCAUCAUCAGUCCACUCUUAGAUCCAAAAAAAAAAAAAA